CUGUCUCGCUGUUCACCCUUAACCAAUAUCUUAUCGAAAAUGAUAGGUUUCCUCGAGAUAUGUGUUUUUCUGUUUGUCGUCUUGCACAUCUUGAGAAUUUAUUUUGCCGAUUGCGAUGCAGUACUACAUUUCUACGAGAGAUUUGCAAAGCCACCGGAUAAAAGACUACGAGGUAAAGUGAUUUGGAUUACUGGUGCAUCGAGCGGAAUCGGCGAACAUUUAGCGUACAAGCUAACUGAAUUUGGCUGCAAACUGGUGCUAUCAGCGAGGAGAAAAGACGAAUUAGACAGAGUGAAAAAUCAGUGCAUGAGCUUGGCAGGAAAGCUUUUUCCAUUAACAUUUGAGGAAGACUUUCUUGUUGUGCCAUUGGAUAUUACAAAUUUCGCUUCUCACGAAGACUGCGUUACCAAAGCUCUUCAACAGUUUGGCAAGAUUGAUUUUCUAGUGAAUAAUGCAGGAAUUUUACAGAUGGGUUCAUCAGUGGAUAGUGAUCUUGAUGUAGAUAUUUCAGUCUUGAACACAAAUGUACUAGGGACAAUCUCUCUUACCAAAGCUGUUCUGCCUCACAUGAUUGGAGAAGGAAAUGGUCAAAUUGUUGUAAUAAGUAGUGCCUCUGGGAAAUGUGCAGCAGGACCUAAUACAGCUGUGUAUGCAGCUUCCAAACAUGCUCUUCAGGGUUAUUUCAAUACUUUGCGCAUAGAAGUCCAUGAAAAGAAUGUUGGUGUCACAAUGAUAUGCCCUGGCCUAGUGUAUUCAAACAUUUUAAAAAAUGCAUAUCGAGAGAAUAUUGAGACUCGCAGGGAUCAAGUCUUUCCUGUGACAACCAUCAAAACAGAACGAUGCGUGCAUCUUAUUAUUAUUGCCAUGGCAAAUGCUUUGAAUGAAGUGUGGAUUGCUAUUCCAAAACGAAUGAUAGAAUUGUAUCUUUCACAGUAUCUACCACUUGUCAGGAACUGGUAA